AGCCUCUCGCCCUGUGUCUGAAAAUCAAACAAAAAAUUAGCAACAGCGAGCAGCUACUACCACCUUCUAGGGCUCAAGCUCCACUCUCUCCCCCACUUCGAUUUCUAGGGUUUCCACUAGGGGAAUAAAAAAAAAAGAAAAAUACCUAAUUCCCUCCAUCAAUCCAUGGCCAAGACGAAGCCUGGCAAAAAGGACCUCGAUUCCUACACCAUCAAGGGCACCAACAAGGUCGUCAGAGUCGGCGAUUGCGUCCUGAUGCGGCCAUCGGACUCCGACAAGCCCCCGUACGUCGCUAGGGUUGAAAAGAUCGAGGCUGAUCAUCGCAAUAACGUGAAGGUUAAGGUUCGGUGGUAUUAUCGGCCGGAGGAGUCGAUUGGAGGAAGGAGACAGUUCCAUGGAGCUAAAGAACUGUUCUUGUCUGAUCAUUAUGAUGUGCAGAGCGCUCACACGAUUGAGGGGAAAUGCAUCGUGCAUUCUUUUAAGAACUAUACGAAGCUGGAGAAUGUCGGCGCUGAGGAUUACUUCUGUAGGUUUGAGUAUAAGGCUGCUACUGGAGGGUUCACGCCCGACCGAGUUGCUGUGUACUGUAAGUGCGAGAUGCCGUAUAAUCCGGAUGAUCUCAUGGUACAAUGUGAGGGUUGCAAGGACUGGUUUCAUCCCUCUUGUAUGGGUAUGACUAUUGAACAAGCAAAGAAAUUAGAUCACUUCCUGUGUUCAGAUUGUUCCUCUGAAGAUGAUGCAAAGAGAUCUGGGAAUGGUUUUCCUUCUUCACCUGAGCCAAAGGUUGAAACAAAAAGGAGAAAGAGGUAGUCGCAUUUUGGGGCAGUGAGCUGGUUCAUGAGGGAUAAUUUGAUUGUGGCUAAAUUAGCAGCGUUUGGGGGCAGUGAGCUGGCUCAUGAGGAUGUGUUUUUAGUUGGAUGGCUAAAUUAGCAGCAGCUGUUCCAUUGUCGUCCUUAGCUGAUAUGGAAAUGUACAGUGCAGAGAAGAGACUGUUCUUGCACAAACUAGGACUCGGUUUCUUUGACUUAUAAUAUAUGAUUUAAUUUGCUUCUGUGUGCCCCUAGGAAGUGGAUUUGAAUGGUCUUUUACUUGUAGGAACACGAAAGCGUGAAAAUUGUGGCCUUUUACUUGUAAUAUUUAUUCUGUAAACGCAUACUUUUUUUUCUUUUUUUUCCCUUUUUUUCUUUUCGAGAUUUGAGAUUUGAGAUUUCGUCCGUGCAUGAGAAAUGUAGGUUUUUAGUCUAGGGUUAUGAAUUGAGAUAUCUAGCUAGUUUUGAACA